UUUUUUUUUCUUUAGCUUAUCAGAGCUCAAAGAGUCCAGCAGGUGGCGGUAGUGCACCUUUACGCUGGUCACCGACCACUGGAAGAAGCAGAAACCGGAAAGUGCUAUCCGAGCUAGCUUGUUCUGGUGUGUGAGGAGAGUAUUCAGAGGCGGUUAGCUCUACUCCGUGAACUCAGCUGUUAGCUAAACACGGCUAAAGAAAACCUGCUACCACUUCAGGAUCUGGGACUGAUUCAUCGUGUGUUCUUCACCACCUGGACCUGGACAGCAUGGACACAGAUGUUCAACAGAUGGUGCAGGUUAAAGAAGAUCCUGAAGAACAGAGUGCUGGUGUGGACCAGCAGGACCCAGAACAUCUCCACAUAAAGGAGGAAAAGGAGGAACUCUGGACCAGUCUUAAGGGAGAGCAUCUCUGUUUGAAGGAGGAGACUGAUUCUGCCUGGUUUCAUUUCAGUUCUGUUUCUAUAAAGAGUGAGGAUGAUGAAGAGAAACGUCUGUCAUCACAGCUUCAUCAGCAGCAAAUAAAAGACAAAGAUGUUCCAACCAGCAGCUCUUCUGACCAGAUGACAGCGGAAACUGGUGGGGUAUCAGGAACUAGCAGGAACCCAGAUCUGAACCCUCAUGAACAAACAUCUGAUUCUUCAGAGACUGAAGUUAGUGGAGAUGAUGAUAUGAAUCUAGACUCUGGGAUGUCAGACUCUGGGUCCGAAACUGGAGACGAAGACCAUGACUGGAAUGAGAAAAGGUCUUCUGAGUCAGGUGUUAAGACUGUCAACAUAUCCUUUAGCUGUCUUGAGUGUGGUGAACGAUUUCAUGACAAGCAGUCUCUCCAGAAACACGUGAGAGUAACCAACCAUUCAGCAAUCAGGUCUUCCAGCUCUUUGGGUAAUAAGAAAUCGUUUAGACUUAAGCAGCCUGUAGACUCAUUUAGGGAAGUCCAGAAAGAACUAAAAUCAUUUAGUUGUGGUGACUGUGGAAAAAUAUUUAGUACAAAAUCAAGUUUUAAUAGACACCAGAGAAUACACACAGGACAGAAACCAUUUGCUUGUGAGUUCUGUGGACAAAGAUUUACCCGAAAGGCGAAUUUAAACGAUCACAUGAGAGUCCACACAGGACAUAGACCUUUUGUCUGUGAGCUCUGUGGACAAACAUUUAAACAUAAGUCGAGUUUAAACGAUCACACGAGAGUCCACACAGGACAGAAGCCUUUUGUCUGUGAGCUCUGUGGAAAAAGAUUUACCCAAAAGGUGAAUUUAAACAGUCACAUGAGAGUCCACACAGGACAGAAACCAUUUGUCUGUGAGCUCUGUGGACAAAGAUUUAAACAUAAGUCAACUUUAACCUGUCACAUGAGAGUCCACACAGGUCAGAAGCCUUUUGUCUGUGAGCUAUGUGGACAAACAUUUAAACAUAAGUCGAAUUUAAACGAUCACACGAGAGUCCACACAGGACAUAAACCAUUUGUCUGUGAGCUCUGUGGAAAAAGAUGUACCCAAAAGGCGAAUUUAAACACUCACAUGAGAGUCCACACAGGACAUAAACCAUUUGUCUGUGAGCUCUGUGGACAAAGAUUUACCCGUAAGUGGAAUUUAAACGCUCACAUGAGAGUCCACACAGGAGAUAAACCAUUUGUGAGUUCUGUGGAGAAAGAUAUGGACAAAAGAGAAAUUUAUUCAAGCACAUGAGUGUCCACACAGGAUAGAAACCUGUUUGUGAGCUCUGUGGACAAAUUUAAAGUGACUGUGUGUAUUUUCCCUGGCAAUAGAGGGCAUUAAUUCUUACUUCUCCUGGCACUCACAGAGCACAGACGCUUCUGCUUUGCUCCCUUAUUUUUUUUUCCCAAGGCUUUUUUGUCCUGUCUGCCUACAGAUCGCUUCUCUGCAUUUCUUCUGGAAAUCCCUAUUUUUCAGAAAUAGAUUUAAUUAAUUGGUCAUUCAACGCGAUUGAUAAGAUUUUUUCUAUGAUGAGAACGGAGGAGGAGCUCCUACUUGCCCUCAUGGGACACACGCAGCAGGAUAUAUGCUUGAUUCCUGGAAGGAGUGGAAGGUUGUAUGUCUCUCUCAGCUGUCCAUUGAGGACGUCGAAGAUAUGUGGCUAUUUGGCCUGAUGAUCACUGGAUUUCUUCUGAUUGGAGUGGGAGGAUAUCUGGUUUUCCAGAAAAUUGGGAAGACGGGAGCGAUUGGAGGGCGACCCGCACCCUUGGACAGCACCGUCCGGGUGGAGACCUCACAGACUUGGACGUUACUCGAGGUGAAUCGUAAGCUGGACAAUGUCUUAGCUGCGUUACCGGUGUUAGUGCGCAAAAUGGAUGUCAUCUCGGAGAGGGUCACCGGACGGUGUGGAGAUGUUUAAUAACCCGAAUUGGCUUCACUGAAGGACUGGAAUGACCAAUUACAGACUGAAGGCAGAGGGGGAAAUUAUCUCUGCCUGACCCAAACACAGUCUUGUUAUCCUAAUCUGACGCCAAGGCAGCCUUCAACUGCCAACAACAACCCCCACGACCGAAGGAAUGCAGACAGAUGCUAUGGAAACCCGUGCCCCCUCCCCCUUCAGAUUGUGGACUUCUGCAUAGCGAGACCAUCAAUCUGCGGGAACUCAAUGUGCGCUGCGCUACUCCCUCCCUCCUGCGGAUACAGCUGGCUGAGCGCUACACAUGGCUGCUCGCCCUGGAGAAAACAGGAUCCCAGCCCCCCCCCCCCUCCUAUCGGAGUCUCAUUUUGUGAAUGUUGAUGUUCGUGCUUAUAUGUUUGAGGUGUUUUUUUUUUUUGCAUAGUACAGCUACGCCCUGUCGGGAGUAACUCUGGUAUGCCUCUUUUCCCUCCCCCACUUAUCCUCAUGUAAUUCCCUUUUCAUCUAUUAAGGUAGCGCGACUCGUGUUGCGAAUGACCGCAGUCACCAAUUCUUGUCAUGUGUCUUGCCCAUGUAUGUCUGAUCUCUGAAUUGUGUGUACUGAAACUCAAUUUCAUUUCUCUGUAUGUCUUGCACAUGUGGUAGAAUUGACAAUAAAACGACUUUGACUUUGA